AUGAACAACCAGAGUCGUGAGGAGAAUAAUUCAAACAACCCUCGUUUCACCUCCUCCCAUCAUCCAUUCCUUCAACCUAUAUUCCCACCAAAUCCCAAUCUUUUCACUCAACAAAAUCCAUCCUCUCAACCAAUUUUCCCUCCAAAUCCCGCCAUUUUCUCCCCAAAUCUCUCUUUUCAACCUGGAUUCCCUCCACCAUGGAUUCCUUUAAAUCCCUUCUCUCCUCAAUCAUAUCCAAUCAUUCCACCAUUUCCUCCAAGAAUUUCAGAACAAACAUCAACAAAGGACCAAGAAUCACCCAAGUUGGAACAUGUUGACAAGUCUGUCAACCCCCUCAAAUCACCCAAUCCUACCAGAGAAAUUGAAAAAACCUUUCAAAAUUCAAAAAGGGUCUUGGCGAUAAAAGAGCAACCACAAAUGAUAUACAAGCAUCCUUAUCAAAAACGUUCCAUGAUGGAACGUAUUGACAAAUGGCGUAAAUUGAAAGGCGUUGGUGGUUUUGGUGGUUUCUCUAUCCCUCCAUACGAGGGCCCUUUCAAACCCGCAGCCGCAGCAAACAGCCGAAAAGGACGGCUGCCAGCUCCUGCUGACUUCCCAAACUUUGUGGAAAUCCAGAAUCCUCCAGAAUCCGGAUGA